AUGUCGUACACACCGCUUCCCACCAAAGAAGCUGUUUUUAUGGAAAGUGAUAGAGAAUGUGAUAAGCUGGCGAAAUCAUUGAAGCUUUUGAUUAAUGGAGAAUGGAAAGUAUUGAAAAUCGACUUUCAUUUGCCACAGAAAUCGAAUUCAUUUGAAAGAUAUGCAUAUAUGGUGAAGAAACAAAUAUGGGUUGCAUUCAUUGAAAAAGGAUUUGCUAAAAUUCGAAAAAGCUAUGAGAAACUAAGUGGCGGUGUUGCAGGCAUAGCGCUUCAACAGCUAACAGGUGCUAUGACAUUUUCGGUCUUUAUGGAGAAAUUCAAUAAUGAUGAAAAUCGUGUGUGGGAGUUUAUUCAGGAAAAUCGAAACUCCAAGUUUAUCCUGACGGUUAGCACACCAACAAUUGAAGAAGAAUCUGAAAAAAAACAACUUCUCGAAGAAUAUGGUAUUCGUGAUUGUCAUGAGUAUUCUGUUUUGGAUGCUCAAGUAUACAUGGGCCACCGCCUAAUCUUACUUGCGGGUUCUGGACCGUUUGGUAAACCUAAGAGCGUUAGAAGAUGGGGUCAUUUACCCAGUUAUAAAGAAAUACGUGAAGAUUGGUGUGCGGUGGACUUGGGAUUUUCGGAAUUUGGAACUUUUUGGAUUGAUAUGAGUGAGCUCUUUCAAUACUUUGAAUAUGUUACUGUUUGUCAAUAUCGUGAGAAAUGGAAGGAAAUUCGUAUUCGAAGGAAUGUUGUUGCAAACACUAAGAACACAGAGUAA